CCGAUGGCCGUCAUGGACAGUAACGGCGACCAAGAAAUGCUUCGCCUCUGGGGCCUCAUCUCAGAGCUCUCGGACCAGCUCGCCCAGAAUCGAGAUACGGCCAUGCAACUUCACGCGCAGCUGGGUAAUGUUAAGACACAAGCAGUAAAUUCGCAAACUGGGUUCGUUCUGCGAAGAUUCAAUAUGGACAAGUCCAAAGAGGCUUACGAAGCCGAGCUGGAGAGGAUGAAUGCCGCUAUGGCUGCGGACAACCAAGCACUGGCUUAUGACAACAAGCAACUGAAUUCGUUGAUCAAAGAGUACGAACAGACACUGGACUCGGUGAUGAGCACUUUCCGCAACCGCGCAAACGAAGUCCAAGAGCACGAGUUAGCGCUGAUCAAGGAAUACGAGGCACAGCUCAUCGCACGAGAGACGGAGGACCUCGAGCGGGAGCUAGCCGCAAGUACAGCCUUCUCCGAGGCGCUCUCGCGAAUCUCAAAUCUCUUACGCCUCGUCACCCGGCAGAUGAACGGGGAGGAUCCCGCGUUGAUGCCACCGGAUUACGAGCGCGAUAGGAUCACCGGUGGGGAAUUGCACCAUCCGACCCUGGACGGCGAACCUGACGAGGAGCCCGCCUCGCUCGAGCAAGCAGUCGCGGACUGGGCACUCGAUCGGGAGACUGAGUUGGCGCGGCUGGAGAAGGAGAAUGAGGAGCUGAGACGACUGGCUGGGUUGCUGCCGGAUGCACCUGUCCGACCCGCCAUGCAUGAUUCAGAGGGUUCGAAUUUCUUGUCGAGUUUUCCGAGACUACAGAAGAAUAUGCUAGGAGGUGCCCCCGGGACGGUCGGGCCUUAUGGGACGUACAAGAAACCGCGAACUCCGGGGGCGGGUUGAGACUGAUUGGGCAAUUUAUGUUCUACUUGGGCUGCCGGUGGAUCCCGUAUGACAGGCUUGUCAAGUAUGACAUAGAUGAUGAUUGAGGUUCCCCUUCACUUUGCUUCCGACAGAUUGUCACAAUACUGUGC